UUUGCUGUAUCAGGGGCUACUGCUUUAUCAGCGGAAUACCUCAUAUCCAGGAACAUCGCUAUGUCUUUCACAAAUAGUUCAUUAACUGUUCAGCUUCAAUGGAUGUCUUCUCAUUUCAAAUCUGUUUGCUCCGAUGAUUGCGCAAAAUAUUUGGAAAAUUCACUUUUCCUAGUCGGAGAAAUUGGAGGAAAUGAAGUUAGUCAUGGGUUUAGGCAAGGUAGAUAUGUAGAGGAGCUGCGAAGAAUAGUGCCUGAUAUUGUGAAAAACAUCAUUCAUUCUGUUAGAACAAUUAUUGGUUUUGGGGCUACUCGAAUUUUAGUUCCUGGCAAUUUUCCUUCAGGUUGUUUCCCAAGUAUCCUAACGUUAUACAUGAACAAAUCCUCAACUGUCUACGAUGAGUACCAUUGCGCGGAAGAGUGGAACAAUUUUAUAAUAUCUUAUAACAAUCUUCUUCAACAAGCCAUUCAUAAGCUGAACAGAGAGUAUCCAAACAUUUCAAUUAUUUACGGGGAUUACUACAAUGCCUAUUACUGGCUUCUACAAAAUGCCGUCGCUCUUGGAUUCGACAAAAAGACGCUACAAAUAGUAUGUUGUGGAGUAGGAGGAGAAUAUAAUUAUACCGAAAAUAGGAAAUGUGGUGAGCCAGGAGCUGAUAAAGCGUGUGCAGACCCGAGUACUUACAUAAAUUGGGAUGGAAAUCAUUUGACACAAAAGGCAUAUGGUUGGAUAACAAAAUGGCUAAUUGAUGACAUUUUACCCCAAUUGAACUGUCAUGUUUAAAUUCAAGCUUUUAAUUAUUUUUGUGUUUCAUAAUAUUAAGGGAUCAUUCAUUAUAUCCCACGUUCAAGACGCUAUAACAAAUUAAAGUUGUGUUUUGUUUUGAUCUGCUAAA